UCAGCUACAGGGCUACCUCAUAGGAGCCAUCCGGAAUCCGGGAUUGUAUAAAAACCCGAAUCUCGAAUCGAGUUUAACAUAAAGCCUUAGCGCUCGAAAGCACAAACAAUUCAGAACCCAGCAACGAAAACUCGGCCUUAGAUCCUCCUCCUCAUUUUGCUCGACGCAAUGGCUGAUCCAAUCCAACUCACAUCACUCAAUCCACGCGAAGCCGUCACAGAUGCUCUCCACCGCUGCAUUCUUGGCAUCGACAGCAACAACAGAGACCUUUUCAAAUCAGCAUGCUUAGCCAACGAGGAAAUGACUUUUGUCGGGGGUGGAUUCACCGUGGAAGGCUGGAUCGCGAUUAAAGAGUUAUUCGAACGGAUUUUCGUCCUAGUCACCACACACAUCACCAGCAACAUCCGAGUUGAAAUGGAGGACGGCGCGGACACAGCGUUCAUGACAGCCCACGCCAUUUCAUAUCAUGUACGACCGGACGAUGCGCUGAAGCUAGAGGACACAUCUUAUACGGCAUCGAGCCUAUACUCUAUCGACCUUGUCAAGAAUGGCGACGAUGGCUUGUGGAAGAUCAAGAAGUGGGAUAUUAAGGUGCUGUGGACCACGGGUGAUAGAGCAGUUCUCCAUGGAUGAAGUCUAACAUGCCACCA